AUGGAUGGAAAUAACAUUAUUUUUGAUGAUUUAAAGAUCAAAAGCAUCAAAGAUAUUGCUAUCCCUAAGCCAUUUGAACUAUUAGUCCAGGCAGAAGAUCAUUAUUUUAAUCUCAAUCAAGAAAAUUUCGAAGAUUCAGUCAAAUUUUUUGAACAAUUUAUCAAAGAAGGUCCAGGCGAAACCCAGGAAGAGAAUUUCCAUUAUCUGCAGCACUUGCACACGUAUGAAAAACCUAUAAAAUCAUUUGAAAGCAUUCAAUUCAAAUUAUUAGUAACUCUACAAAAUAUUCUCUAUCAUCUAACCAGCAUAAACGACAAAAAUUCGUAUGAUAUAGCUAAUGAUCCAGACUUUAAGCUUAUUAUUCCCUUUUCAAAGAAUAAAUUACCAAUGAAUCAUUUUUCACCAAAUGAUUGUUCAAACCAAUUAACACAAAUAUUACUUGAUGACGACGUCACACAAUUUCAGCAAUACUUUUCUAAAAAAAACUUUAUCAAUUCUUAUAUCAAUUUUAUUGCAGAAAUAUACCAAAAACCAUCGAUUAAUAUUAUUAAAUACAUCCUUAUAAGUGAUAAUUUGCCAGAAGAAAUCAAAAAGGAAGAUUUGGUCAAAACAGAAAAUUUAGCAUAUGCAAUUUCUUCAGGAAACAUUGAAUUAAUACGUUUACUUGAACAACAAGGUGCUAAUUACGAUAACUGCUUAACUCAUGCUUUUAAAUCUCGAAAUUCAGAUUUAAUUGACUGGUUUAUUGAGAAUUAUCAACAAAAAAUUGUUGAUAAUAUUAGUUUUCUAAACCUUAGAUCAGUUAUUUUCUGUUUAGAGAACAAUAUUUGUUCAAAUUACUAUGAUAUUUACAAAACAUAUUAUGAUUGUAAUUUCAAGUCAAUUCUUGAACAUCUUACAACAUACAAACAUGAUUUGAUUCAAAAGGAACCACAAGUUAUGAUAAAGGGUUUAAUGACAAUGCCGAAUUCCUCAAUUAUUAGUGAUUGUUUGAAGAAAGGAAAAUAUGAUUAUUUCAACAUUUUUUAUGAUUUAGGAUUAGCUUAUACUGAUGGAUUUUGUUCAGAACAUCCUUUAUCAUAUUUGGUUUCUCGUAAAAACUACGAUUUUGAUUUUUAUGAAAAGAUCUAUCAGUUAACGCAAAGAAACAAAGCUUCACAGUUCCAUUGGCCACAACCUUUUAUCUAUCAAAUUUUGUCAAAUAUGGAUUUAUUGAAAUUUUUCUUAGAUAGACAUAUUUUCCCUAUUAAUUUAGAUGAGGUUUUGAGAUCUUGUGGUCUUGAAGAAAUGAAAUAUAUCUUUGACAAUUACAAGAAACUCGAUGAAAACGAGUUCAUAAUGAUUUUUUCUGAUAGAAUUACUCCUUGGAACUUUAAGCCAGAAUUAAUCAAAUAUAUUUUGGAAAACUUUGAUUUGAGUCUGGAUGAUUAUAUUGAGUUUAAUUUAUUAAAGUUUGCUUUUUCAGUCGAAAAUAUGGAAUUGAUGAAUUAUCUUCUUGAUAAAGGUGUUAAACCAAUAAUUAAAUUAGAUGAUUACACCGGAUACAUUAAAUAUGAUAGCGAUAGCGAUAGCUAUGAUUAUGAUGAUGAAUCUUCUAAUACUCGUAAUGUUAUGGAUGGAGCAACACAUAGCAAUUAUGAAGCUUAUAAACUUAUCUUAGAAAGAGGUGGAAAAGGUAAUGCAAAAGGAUAUCGACACUCCAAAUCCAUUCUUGAUUAUCAUAUAUCAAAAGGAAACUUCGAAAUUGUUAAACUUCUUGUUGAACAUGGCGCUGUAAUUAACAUGAGUUCCUUAGAGAGUUGCUUAGAUGAAAGAAUCUUUUCUUAUUUGGUUGAACAAGCAAACGAUGUUAAGCUUCAUAAAAACCAUGAACUAUUGAUUAAGAAUGACAAAAGUUCAUAUCAUUUCCUUCUUUACGCAAAGAAGUAUCCAAUCAAAGAUUUAUCAAUGAAAAAGCGCCUUGAAUGCUUAUCACGAGCAUUAAAAGUUCAAAACGAAAUUAUUUGUAUUUAUCUUUUGAAGAAUAUUGAUAUUGAAGAUGGAGAGAAAAUUGAUCAUUUCCCUCGUGAUAAAAAAUUAUGGCUAUUUGAAGCUGUAACAAUGAAUUCACCAGAAUGUGUUAAAUUGCUUUUAGAAUUUAUAAAAAAGAGUGGAUUAAUUGAUCGGUACUUCGAUCAAAAGAAAAAUAAUAAGAGUUCAGAAAAAGACUUUAAGGAAAGGAAACAAUUUGAUGAAAUGUAUUUGGAUGAUUAUGAAAAUUAUUUGGAUGAUGGUAAAAGAUUUUGGGCUGACGAUGACGAUGUUGAAGAACCUAUUUUAGAAAUUGUUGAUUCAAAUUAUUUUCUUCAGGCUGCGAAGCUGAACAACACAGAAAUUGUUAAAAUACUUAUUGAACACAAUGUCCCCAUUCAAAAUGUAGUUGAUAACUACUACAUCAAUGCAUUGUUUUGGGCAGCCAUCCGAGGAAAUGUUGAAAUGAUCAAUCUUCUUCUUCACUAUGGAUAUGAAAAGUUGAACAUUCGCGAAGAAGAUGCAGUAACACUUAAUAUUCAUCCUGAUCUUGUAAAAAUGAUUAGUUAUUAG